CUAUAAAUACAACUUAAUAUUUAAUCAUACACAUAGCAGGUCGUGACCAGAUCCAAAUCCACAUACAGCUUUCAUGGAACUCUCAGUGGUGUUUUCCUUGUUGGCAUUAGCCGUGGGGAAUCAUAUUGUAGGCAUCUAUGGUGAAGAUCACGAAAUUGCUACCGCAGUAUGUGUGGGAUUAGCUCCGGAUAAUUCCUAUACUGCAGCGAUUCCUCGCAAGUGUUCGAGUGGACGGUCUUGUGUUGACAUCUGUCGGUCUGUUUCUAACAUGGGCAAGGUUUCGGGCGGUGCUUUUCUUCGACCGCGAUGCAUUAACACAUUGCAUAUAUAUGCCAGUCGGGGUUCUAAGAACACACCCAACACCAAAUGGAUCAACACCUGGAAAUACGGAUUUCGCGGCUGUACAGCAACUCACUGUGGGCCAAACUUUUGUUGUUGUUCCAAAUAAAAGAUUUGAUCAGAUAAAUCAAUGAAAAUUGGAGGCAA